CGUCACGUGAACGUACAACAUGACAAAAAGAUGUGUGCGAAGUUGGUCAGCUAAUGUCGUCUUACAGUAUUGUUUAGACUGAUAAGGUGAUUUGGUGCAAGAAGCUCCCGUCGUAUUUCCUCCGUGGAAAGUUUGAAGCUGCCCGUUUCUUCGCGUGACAACAGCACGAAGUGCCAGAAGGUGACAACCAAGAUGGAUCCAGCUCUACUGAGGGACAGAGAGCUCUUCAAAAAAAGAGCUCUUUCCACGCCGGCUGUCGAGAAAAGGCAGGCUACAUCAGACUCUGGAUCGCACAAGAAGAAAAAGCCCAAAUUAGACAAGGAGAGCUCCUCAGGGUCCAAACACAGUACUGAAUCGAGUAAUGGCAACAUCAACAUCAAGGCCAGCUCUGGAUACAAGUUUGGCUGCUUGGCCAAGAUUGUCAAUUACAUGAAGACAAGGCAUCAGAAUGGUGACACACACUUCUUGACACUAGAUGAGAUUCUGGAUGAGACCAAACUCCUGGACAUCAGCAUGAAGCAGAAACAAUGGCUCAUGACUGAGGCAUUGGUCAAUAAUCCUAAAAUAGAGGUACGGGAUGGGACGUAUGGCUUCAAGCCCAAAUACAACCUCAAGGACAAGAAAGCUUUGCUGAGGCUGCUGGACAAACACGACCAGCUGGGCCUGGGAGGAGUGCUGCUGGACGACGUGGAGGAGGGGCUGCCCAACUCCGCCAAGGCCAUCAAGGCGCUGGGAGAUCAGAUCAUCUUCAUCACGAGACCAGACAAGAAGAAGAUUCUCUUCUAUAAUGACAAACACUGCCAGUUCACAGUAGAUGAAGAAUUUCAGAAGCUGUGGCGGAGCGUCCCUGUCGACUCCAUUGAUGAAGAGAAGAUUGAGGAAUACCUGAAAAAACAAGGCAUCUCCUCCAUGCAAGAAACAGGACCAAAGAAAGUGUUACCGGUUCAAAAGAGAAAGAAGCAAGGUGGUCAGAGGAAGAGACAAUUCAAGACCCACAACAACCACUUGGCGGGGGUCCUGGAGGACUAUUCCGACGGUGUGCCUGUGAAGAAGUGAAACCUCUGGGCUCACAUCAGUCUGUAACUCAGACCCGGCUGCAGAUGGAGACCUCGGUGCCACUUUGACACAGACCUUUAAUGGCUGCUUAUAGUGUCAAAGAAAGUUGCGUUUUCCUUUUCAUUCCUCGAAGUGAUCAGUUGACUUGACAGCACCUGUGUUCUGGAACUCUUUUCAUUCUGUUUACGAGUGAGUGAACUGCUGAAGGACACUGAAGAAACGUGUGAACUACGACCACUAAAGACAUCGGACGCCCUCACCUCACCUCUGAGAGGGCACCGCAGAAUUACAGUUAGAAGUUCAUGAGGCUGAUGUGUGUAAAUACUUUUCCUUCCAUCAUUUUAUUUAGUACACUGCAAAGAUAAUUGAACAUUUUGAGUGGACUGUGUUAAUAUUACAAAUAGAAAAACAGCCUUGUGUCGUGGAUUACGUUACGUGAAGAAUCUGCAACUUUACUUCUGUUGGAAUUUGAAAAUAUUAAAUAGUUUUACUUUACAGUACCAAGAUAUCGUGGUUUAAACCUUUAAAUCUUUCAGCCUAUUUUCAUUACAUUAUUGCGUAAUGCUGCCUGGACUCUGAAUUAUUGGCAUUUUAAAAGCCACAAU